GCUUACGUACUUAGCGAAAGGACGGAUGACUUAUUGCAUAUAACAAUUUUUUUUUGUCAAACAAGGAUAAAGCGCCUUCGCUUAAAUGAAGGAUUUGGGCGACUUUAAAAAAAAAAUCACGCGACACGCGUAAAUAACUCAUUGUGCGGUUGUGUUGUGUGAUUGUUUAAUAGAUUCUGGCACAGUAUAAGUUCAAAAUGUGAUCAUCUGCAGUGAUCCGUGUUGUUUUCCUUUUUAGUUCGAUGGAUCCGGAGACCUCGUUAAUUAAGAGGGAUUCGUUGAGGAACUAUUAAUAAGGAGAGGGUACACGCCCACGAUACUUAGCGGCGACUCCAACUUGUGGGGGGUAGCCCUAAAGAAUGAUAGGAAGCCCAGCUGGGCCGGGGGGGCCCUCUCAGAGGGGGCUUUGGCCCCUGGCCGCAGCACCAGCACCGACAGCAACUAGUUUUUCUACCGAAGGACUGAGUAAAUACGGAGUGUACUCUCUUUUUCCCGGUGGACCGACCUUUGGGAGCGCACUUUAUUCACACGCGAGCACAAUAGGACGUUUCGCCUCGGGACAUAUUCAGCAAUCGUCGGGCAACGCAUUUCAUGCGGCCCACAAAGUUUCAGAUUCUCUAUUUUCCGCAACCGGUUACACCUUCGGCGCACCCACCCCGCCUCCCGGCUCGCCAUAUUCGCCGAUACCUGUAGCGCAGCUCGAGCUUCUGGCCAAGGGCUUCACCAACUCGAACAUUAUCAUACAGCAGCCCGCGGAUUUUCCGCCGAGUCCGAAAAAGCUGCAACAGAUUGCGGAAAAACGGUGCGACGAAAAAUGCUGCAGCCUGCAGAGACCUACGAAAAUAUGCCACUGUGGCGCGUCACCGAUCAAAAAGAUCCACGAACUGAACGGAUGCUCGCGAACGAAUCCCAUAGAAUGGAACGGUGUGAACGUGAAGAAGGAACCUGGUGUGAACCCGUGUCAAGUGGCGGAAAUAACGACGAGCGUGUCGCCUAUCGUCAAAGUCGAAGUCGCUUCGCCGAUACAAAAAAACUGUGACCAGAACGCUAUCAUUGGAAAUGCUUUCAUCAGCAAUACUACAGGACAUAUUCCCGUGGGCAUAGCGGCAAGACAAAGAGUUCAGCAGGAACUCAUCGCCUCGCCCUCCCUACCGCCUGUAGGACUCCUCGCCACGGUUAAUGCAGGGGGCGGGGCGCAGAUCAAAGAAAUUUCCAGGAUUACAGAAAUUGAUAAUAUUGGCACCAUGGCGAGUAUGGCUGCAAACGCGUCUGGGACGGGACCCCAAGGCGGAACAUUGUUACAAUGCACGGACGAUCGAUCGACCGCAUUGGCUGCCUGGCAAGUGGGCGGCAACCAAAGUCAAGCCGUCGCCACGCCCACCCUGUGGCAAUAUCCCGCGCCCGUUCCAGUGGAGCCAAUGGUUCCACUUCCGGUACCCAGUAUGCCUCCGGUGGGGUUUCAGCUAGUUCGCGAUCCUACCACUGGGGGGCUCCUCCUUUUACCCACCACUGGAAUAGCGGAACCAGUGCAACAAACGGUCGUCUGGCCGAGCUACCCUCAACCGUCUUCGGUUUUACUACCAUCGAUAUCAUCUUUACCACCACCACCCCUACAGUUACUUAGUUCGGCAUCUUCCGAUUACCUCUCGAGCAGUACUACACUGCAUCAACAUACGCAGACGCACAGCACCCGCUUGGUCGCGGUUACGACCGAUACCAAGAGAAAAUUACCAAUGCAAGUACCGACCACUACGUUGAUUAAAAUUGAGACUGAUGGAACUCUGGAUCAAACCAAAACCCUUCAAGCUGUUAGCACUAUCGGCAACAGCUCGGGAACGAUGUUUGCCGACCCAGCACUGGUUACUACACACGUCAUUUAUCAACAUCCCACAAACCUGUUACUGUCUCAGACACCUAAUUCGGCGGAAACUGCGUGUAGAUCACAAGCUACGUCACCCGUUACUGCUUGCUUGACUCCCCCGCCGGACACGGUUCAGUUGCAGACGGAGGAGCAAAUUACUCUUACUUCUGCGGUUCAAGAUGCGAGCAACCAAACGGACACCCCGUUAUGCAGCGAAGACGACAAUACUACUCAAACCAUAGCCGAAGAGUUGCCCGAAGAUAAAGCCAAGUCUGAAGUCGAAACUAAACCGGAACAAGAAAAUCCGGAGACUUCAAUCAACGAGGCAACAGAUCGACAUCGGGAACUAGUGCAUCCAGAACCAGGUUCUACGUCGGCAUCUUUACCGGAAGAAGCAACAAUUCUAGAAGAGCAAAAGGAAGAAGAAGAAGAAGUCGAUGCAGAAAAUUCCGCUGGCCAAAGCCAACCAGAUUUGAGUGGUUUAGAACUGCUCUCGAACAGUAUUGUGGAAUUUGAAAUUUGCCGUAACUCUGUAGAGGACAAUGUUUGUAAACCGGAAGUGACAGGCAACGAGCAAAACACGUCUGAGGCUAGCGGUGAGGACACUCUGCCUAUGGAAGAAGCGGAGCCGAAAAAGGUCGAAGAUAAUUUUGGAGGUUUGGAUCUGCUUUGCGCUCUGGCAGAGCAACGCAUCAGAGAAGAGAGCAUCGUGAAUCCAUCCAAAGAAAGAACAAAAGAUCGCGACAAAGAGAGAAAACGCGAGAAAAGGAAAUCUAAGAAGCAUUCGUUGGACGAGCCGAAACGCAAAAAAGUUAAAAGUGAAAAACGUCAUUGUAGCGACGACAGAGAGAGGCAACGCAGGAAAAAGGAGAAACGGAUUUCGAGUGACAGAAGCGAUUCCGAGAAGCAAGAACGAGAGUUGUGUUUGUGUAAAUUCAAAUCGUACAAAACGCCGGAAUCCGAACAGGAAGUGAGAAAAUUUUUAGCAAGUAAAUCUCAAUCUACAUUCUGCUGCAACCGAGAAUGGCCUUGCAUGAAUGCCAUGGAGUUGGACAUGCGAAUACGAUUGGCAGAUUUGCAGAGGCAGUAUAGGGAAAAACAGAAGGAGCUGAGCAAACUCAAGACGAGAAAACACUCUCAUUCGUCUGACUGUCCAAAGAAGAAGUCACGCAAGAAAUCUACGCAUUCCGAUAGAAGUACCCCGCCACCUCAACUGGACAAAAUGGACGUGCCGGUAAAUCCAAUCAGCGAUCUACCGGAUCUACUGAAACCACCAAAACUAUGCGCCAUGACCAGGCUAGACAAUUAUGCUCAAUCUGAUUGCGAUUCGUCACCAGAAAAACAUUCUUCUUCGAAAAAACGAAAGGUGGGUAGGCCGAAGAAGUUGACCUCAUCCGACGGGGAACAAGUUACUACCGAAACUAUAGUCGCUAAAAAGCCAAAAAAUAAUUUCGUAGAAUACCUUCUCGCAGCAAAAGAGAAACUUAAGCAACAGAACAAGGAGUAUCCAGAUGCCACUCCGCCCAGAUACGUCGAAGAGACCUAUACACACAAACUCAAGAAAAUUAAGAACAAUAACACCAUAACGAUGAACGACAUUAAAUCAUCCAAAAUAAGGCCAAAACUGAAAGCUGAACCGACGUUGAAAACAUAUUUCGAUGACGACAAUAACGAGUACGAAUCUGAACUGGAGGAAGAGGAAGUAGUGGACGAGGAAGCGAUCGGCGACGGCGAAGAAAUGACAGAACACAAUAUAGAGGAUGAAGAAGACUCGGGUAUCCAGGAAGAACAAGAGACUGUCGAGAAUUAUCGAACCGAGGAAGAGGAGAAAGUUGCUCCCGAGAAAGCGGAAGAAGUACCCGUAGUGCCAAAUCCAUGCACCCUCACUGAAGAUCGUCUGGGGGUGGACAAGUUGCGCGUUUUAACUGCAAUGGGUGGUUUGUUUUAUGCCGGACACCUCAACGCCGUCGAACCACCCGAUGUUUAUUCCAUUACAUUGGAUGGAGAAAGGGGCAACAGGCCACACAUUAUGUCGAGGGAAGAAAUUUUAAGAGACGCGAUCGUGGAAAUAUCUCCGAAAUCCACUGAAGACUUGCCGGUAGGGACCCGCCUAUGCGCCUACUGGAGCCAACAAUACAGAUGUCUCUAUCCAGGUAGUGCUGCAGAGCCGGGCACUCCGGAUCCUCACCUGGACGGAAAAUUCGUUUCCGUCGAAUUUGACGAUGGCGACAGUGGUCGAAUAGCUCUAGAGGACAUUAGACUCUUACCUCCUAAUUAUCCGAUAAUGGAAUAUGACCCCAAUCCUCUUCUAAGUCUCUGCAAACGCAGACGAAGAACUUCCACCAGCGUAUCGACUGAAGAGAAACGAAUUCAACCGACGGACAGUAUCAGACCACAGGUACAAAAAAGUGAAACCGUCAAACCUGUUAUGGAAGAAACCAAAUCUGACGUCGAGAAACUCCACAAAGAAAAGAAACGCCUGAAGAAAAAGAAGCGCGAUAAAUUGAAACAGAAGACCUUGGGUGACGAGAAGAAAAAGAGGAGGAAACAUAAGUGCGUCGACGAACACUGCAAGCAUAAGAAACACCACAAGAAGCACAAGAAACACAAGAAGCGACACGAAAAGAAUAAAUUGGAACCGGAAACGAUGCAUUCCCAUUUAACAACGAUUAUCGAAGAACAAAACGAGGAGGACGUCAACUCCGAAGAGGUGGAAGAAAAUCGGGACAUCGGCAAUGCAGCUGACGAUGACGAAUCGUCGAAACAAGAUAGUUUAGACGAUUUUCCCGCAUACGAAAUUGUGGCUAACCCUGAGGAUGAAGUUACCAUGGAUGAUAUUCUGGAGGCAACGAAAAAUAAGAAAUCUAAGAAGAUACGAGACAGACAAGAGUCGUGCGAGAGCAGAAGCAAAAUGAGCGCGUUCCUUCCUGCAAGGCAACUGUGGCACUGGUCUGGAAAAGGAUACAAAAGACCUCGGGCUAAAGGAAAAUCAAAGAAGUGCUUCUACAAAGCGAUCCAGAGGGGAAAAGAAUCCAUAACUGUGGGAGAUUCGGCUGUAUUUCUGUCCACGGGAAGACCAGACCGACCGUACAUUGGGCGCAUUGAAGCGAUGUGGGAACUUUGCGGUACCAUGGUAGUUAAAGUGAAAUGGUUUUAUCAUCCCGAAGAAACUGUUGGGUGUCCUACGAAUCUCCAAUAUCCCGGAGCGCUGUUUGAAUCACCUCACGUAGACGAAAACGACGUUCAGACAAUAUCUCACAAAUGCGAAGUGUUACCUUUGAACGAAUACACUGAACGCCUAGGAGACGAUCCGAGGAGAUACGCCUCUAUCUACGACAACAACGACAUUUACUACCUGGCGGGUUACUACGACCCUACCAGUAACCUGCUCAAGAUGGAGCCGGGGAUACCUUUUACGAAAGGCGAUUGACAAUGGGAUAAUCCAUCAUAAGCAAUACAUUUUUUUUUGAAAUUUUAUUGGAUAAUAGUGAUUUUUGGUGCUACGUUACUUUCCGUAAUAUUUCCAUUAACGUUGUUUCGCUGUUGCUGCUCGCCGGUCAACCGAGAUUUCUAUACGGACCGUGCAGCAGUUUUUUUUGUUAUACUAUCACGUUGAGUACUUUCAUUUUUAUAUUUUUAAGAGGUUAGAGGUAUUAGGUACUUAUUGAAGAAAGAAAUUAUACAAAAAGGCAAAUUCGUAUCGGCCCAUUAGUUCGCUAGUUUUUAAAUGUCUUCUUUCAUAUACAUCCAGUUAGUUAGGACUGGUUUAUACCUUCGUGUAUUGAUUUUUCACUCUACAGUGUAAAUAGGUAGGCGAUAUCAUUUUGAAGCCACAAAUUUAAUAAUAGAAAUGGCGAUGUCAUUUUGGUCCAUCUAACUAAGGUACCCUAAAUGUAAAAAAAAACAAUCAAUAAGUUUUGUAACUUUUGGACUGGUAUAUGGUGCCUAUCAAUGUGUAUUUUGACCUAAUGACUGACCUACUAUUAACUUACUAGUGACAAUUAAGCAUAAAUCAGAAAAAAUGCGAAGUUUUUAAUUCCGCAUAAACGUCAUAAAUUUGGUAAACCACUCACGAUAUUUUUUAACGAAUGAUCGGUGUUUAUCAACAACAAAAAUUAAAUAAUAGAUAUCCAGCAUAUACCAUAUUAGUUAAUAAACCAAAACUGUAGUACAAUGUACUCUUUCUGCUACACUGUGUUUUAAGAAGACUAACUACAUUUUCAAUAAUUACUUCAAUUUCUCCUAAAUCACUUUUAAAAUCGCUAUGUAUUUCAUUCACAACACGAAAAAGGAGAAUUUUCCGCUUAAUAUUUUUAUGUACAGUCGUCAUACGCUUAUAAAAAAAUAUUAUUUUAGGUGCUUAAAAAGUAUACUAUUAAAGAGUCGUUUAGGACUACAAAUAUUAUUAAUUAAUAAGUUAUAUAUUAAUAUAUUGUGUGGUUUACACUUUACAUGUUAGUAUUUUUUUUUUAAUUAAUUUUAUUCGUUUUUUAUAUAAGACAACGUAGUAUCUACGUUUACUGUAAAGGCGUACACAAAUAAUGUAAUUAAUUUUUCGUUUCUAAUUUUGACUUCAUUUGAAUCCAAAUAAUCUUCAAAAUUCUGUAACUAAAACAAUAGAGAAUGGUCUUAAGUUAGGUAUUUCCGUUUUCAGUUGUUUUAAGAAAUAUACUUUUAGUGACAUCAUCUCUUUUGCCUAUUAUUAUAGUUAGUAUUUAAAAUGAAUAAUUAUUCGGGAAGUAUCGCUAACUUUUUGCAUUUUCCUUAUUGCACAAUGUCGUUUCGUUUACCCAUGUUUUACAUGAAUAGCUGCAAUAUUGAUUUUAAAAGACGUUAUAAGCUUUAUAUUGUUGAACAAUCAGUUGUUUAAUAACAGUAUCAGUGCCACAAUUUAUUUAAAAUUUACAUAGUCAGUAUUUUUAUGCGGUUUACUUCUGCUUAUUAUUGGUAAUCCUCAAAUAUAUGGUAUACCUACCUAAUUUUUUAAAUUUUAAAUUGAACAACUGUCCUCAAGUGUAGUUUUAGAAUGUUUAUAAUUAUAGCAAAAUAUCAUAUUUUAUUACUAAUACAUGUGUUUGUGUGUACAGAAAAAUAACCUUUAUUUUUGCAAAUUAGAUUUAGGCUGUUAUUUCGAAUGGUGGUGCUGCUCUUGAAUGAAACAGUAUGAUUGGACUAGAACCAGGGUUUAAGAUGAAUAAUUUUUUGAUAUUGUAUGUAUUUGUAAAUACUUUUAACUGCUUGUACAUAAUGAAGCUUAUGCUCUCUAUUAAAGAUUCUU